AUGAAGACCCUUGCAUCACCACAGAACGUCAGUUACCGUGUGUCAAACAGACCGCCCCUCAGCUCUGAGUUCCGUAACGAUUUGGCAAGACUGCCCACUUCCUACAGCUACUCAACCAGGGCCCAGUACAGACGGCUCAUAGGAACCUACGGAACACAUUAUAUCCGCCAGGUUUAUCUUGGGGGGCGAUUCAGGCGAGUCACAGCUACACGUACCUGUUUGUCCAGACUGAAUGGCUUCUCCUCAAACCAGGUGCACAACUGCUUAUCACUGGGUGUCUCCGUGGGCCUGGGAAUGAAGGUCAAAUCGUCCGCUAACCUAAGGUUCUGCACCAGGAUCCUACAGAAACAGGCUGUCUCCAGCUCAUACAGCUCUGAUCUCAACAAACAUUACACAGAGGUGGUAGGAGGCACUGGUUGGGGGGGUGAGUUUUCUCUCAUCCGUAAAGACUCCCUGGGCUACCAAAAUUGGCGGAAAACCCUCAAAGACCACCCUGAUGUUGUCCAGUAUUCCCUAAGACCAAUGUAUGAGCUAGUGCCAUACUGGACAAAAAGGACUGGACUUAAGGCUGCCACAGAGCAGUACUUAAAAGAAAACGGCAUCAGGAACUCGGACAGGCAACCAUACUGUGGCAAUCACUACCCCAACCUGGAUUACAACUGCUGUCCUAAACAGGCCUGGAGGGGAACGCUGGUGGUGACCAUCGUCCGAGCCUGGCGUUUGAAAGGAGAUUUUUGGGGCAAGACUGAAGGGUAUGCCAAGAUGUGGUACGGUUCAAUCUACCGCAAGACCCGUGUGAUCCGCUCAGACUACCCUCACUGGAAUGCUCGAUACUAUCUGGGCAAGGUGAACACAUACUCAGGUCUGAGGAUCGAGGUCUGGGAUGAGGACCUGGGCAGGGACGACCGUCUGGGGUCAUGUGUGAAGUACCUGAGGCAGGGGACACAUAGCUUCACCUGCCCAGCCGAGAGAGGUGGCGUUUUGAUCCAGUACACUCUGACCUGCGAUCGUCACCUGACUGGAGACAGGUGUAACCAGUACAAACCAACUCCAUAGUGAGAAAUGGAUUCUGGUCGGCAUAUUCUAUGCAUAUAUUGCUUGCUUUUCUUUAAUCAAUUGUGAUAUCAGAUAUUUGCAUUACUUUCUUUAAAUGCAAUAAAUUAGACAGGUCUGGAGUAUUCUAAUACACAGGUUAAUGAAGUGAAAUGACUGUCACACUAUUCUGUUUCCUAUUUUAAUGAAUCAAUAAUGUUCUGGGACUAUGAGGUAUAAGUGUUUGAUUUAUAAAUGGACAAUCAGCAUUGAAUGUGUUUCUGAAUCAAUUGUGUGAAACCACAUAUAAAAAGACAGAUUGACA